CCGGCAAACCCUAAAUCUUCAAGGCAGGACCUAUGAAAGUAAUAUGUAAAAAACCUCAGCUGCCAAACAAUGGAAAGGAAUUAUAAAACCCUAAAAAAGCACUAAUUCUAGAUCCUUCCACAGUUCAGUCUCUCCCCCCAAUUUGUUGGGCUACCAUAUUCUAGAUCCUUCUAUAUACUGAAGAACUCUCCAGCGAUCCUCUCUCUAUAUUUCUCUGACAUUCCCUUUCAGACGCCACCGAAAACACAACAAUUUUCUCUCUUUCUCUCUCUCUAGAUCGGUAGAUAAGUCAAUGGCCAAGUACGGCGAAGGCGACAAGCGCUGGAUUGUGGAGGAUAGGCCCGACGGUGCCAACGUCCACAACUGGCACUGGGCGGAGACCGACUGUCUUGAGUGGUCCCGCAAUCUCUUGUCCAAGCUUCUCGCAAACCUCUCCAUCUUCGAUGGCGAGGGAAAUAUCUUCAUCAAGACCAAGAAGCUCGAGAAGCUUGACGGAGAGGCUUACGUCAAUAUCCGGAAGGGCAAGAUCAUUCCUGGAUACGAGCUUAACCUCUCCCUAUCUUGGGAAGGCGAGGCUAAGGACUCCGACGGAAAGUCCCUCCUCAAAGUCGAUGGAUCCGUCGAAAUCCCCUAUAUUUCCGAUGAGAACGCCGAUGAGGAUCCGGAGAUCAAGUUCACAGUUAGGGACGAUGGUCCCAUUGGUAAGAGGCUGAAGGAGGCAAUGAUAGCGAAGGGGAAGGAGGUGAUAUUGGAGAAGGUUCGAUCUUAUGUCCAAAGUAUGGCGAAGGGUGGGCCUGCUAAGGAAGAAUUGGAGGCUAAAAAGGUUGCUCCUAAGGGGCAGGCCCCGGCCAAGAAGGAAGCGGCGGGGUCAUCGCCAGCAGUGGUGGAGAAGAAGGAGAAGAAGAAAAGCAAGGAGGGGUUCAAGACUAUAACUUUGACAGAGAAGUUUAGUUGUAGAGCUACGAAUAUGUUUGAGAUUUUGAUGGAUGAGAAUAGGUGGAAGGGGUUUACACAGAGUAAUGCGAGGAUAAGCAAGGAGGUUGGUGGGGAAUUCAGUAUAUUUGACGGGUCUGUGACGGGCACCAAUGUGGAGUUGCAGGAGGGGAAAUUGAUUGUGCAGAAGUGGAGGUUCGGCAGCUGGCCUGAUGGGAUUGUAUCCACGGUAAGACUUACUCUGGAUGAGCCCGAAGAUGGGCUUACAAUUGUUAAGUUAACACAAACAGAUAUUCCCGAGGAAGACAGAUAUGGGAAUGCCACUGUGGUGGAGAAUACAGAGAGAGGAUGGAGGGAUCUGAUUUUCCACAAGAUACGUGCAGUUUUUGGUUUUGGCAUUUGAAAUCUUUAGACAACUCUAUGAAUUGUAGAAGUACCUUGGGAUUUUUGUUUCCUUCAGCAAUGAAAUAUGAAUGAUUGGAUUUUGAUUAUUAUGACUCUUGGAAGUUGUGGUUUGUCAUCAAUGAGCCAUCCAUGUACGUUUAGCUCAAUGAAAGUAUGAAACUGAAUGUUAUUGCUCUUAUGCUGCUUCUAAUAACCAGAGUGCUUUGCUAGGUA